CGAUGGUCUUAUCUGUAACUGACCCGGUGUUGUAUUUCAGUCGUGCAGGAGUGACAGCGGAAAGGUUCCCGAACAAACACGGCUUCCGACCUUGGUGUCCGCGUCUCGUCCGUCAUGGCGAGGAGACUUUCUCUCCAGUGCGUCGUCGUCUUCUCGGGACCAGCGCUGCUCUGCGUCGCCGGUCUCCUGUACGGGGCCUGGUCGUGGCCGAGCCUCCGGGAAAGGCUCACACCCUCGCCCACCGCAGACGGCACCAGCGUGACCUACUCGCUGACCAUCAACCACGACCAAGGGAGGAUGGGGAACAAACUCUUCAAGUACGCGUCCUUGCUGGGACUGGCGAGAACGCACGGGAGGCACGCGUUCGUGAACCCUUACAAGGAGGACCUGGACAUGGCCAAGGUGUUCAACUUGACGCACGUGGAGAAGCAUUCCGAAAUCUCCAGGUAUGUAAUAUGGCAUGGGCGAAGCGGGCGCAACUGACCCAUUUAUCCAUUUAGAUGUUUACAUUCAUUUUUUGAAUUAUUUGUAACCUAUUAUUAUUAUUAUCGUUGUAAUUAUUGUUGUUGUUGCUGUUGUGAAUUCUUAAACGUGCGUCACUUGAGCUCAUGUUUUUGUCAACUGACUUGAGUAGAUGGGAAGCUCACGCAUUGCCGUCACCGAUGUCCGUCGGGCUAUAUGUAGGGAUCAUAAUUUAAUUAAAUGUGUCCUUAUUUCAUGCCUAAAACAUCAUUGGAACGCGGCAUAUGGGGCUGAGGUGAGGGUGGGGGAAUCAUUUUUUAUAAAUUUUUUAUUUCCAUUGGCGUAUCAUUCCCCGAUAUUUUUAGAUCACGUCAACCAUUAACAUCUCUAUUGUUGUGUGGUUGUUCCCUUCUCCUUUUCCUCUCUCCCCUCCCCCCUCCCCCCGGGCCACGCCAGAUGGCCGCUCAUAGAAGAGAAAAACUACGCCACCGUCGACGACGUGUUUAAAAAACUGCCACCGACCAACGUCCGACUCAGGGGCUACGUCCAGUCUUGGAGAUACUUUGACGCCAUCAAGGACGAGAUCAGGCGAGAGUUCCAGUUCCUUCCUAAACACCGGUGAGUUUAUAAAAAAAAAAAAAAAAAAAUUUGUAAAGAAAAAUAUAUUUUAAAACGUUUAGUUAAAUUGUGCUUGUUUCAUGCUUCAAACUUACCGUGAAAACACGUAGUCUAGCUCUUUAAUUGAUAUUAAUUUACAACUAACCGCGAAAACAUGUAGGUAGCUCUUUAAUUGAUAUUACCCUAAAACUAAGAGUGAAAACACGUAGUCUAGCUCUUUAAUUGAUAUUAAUUUACAACUAACCGCGAAAACAUGUAAGUAGCUCUUUAAUUGAUAUUACCCUAAAACUAAGAGUGAAAACACGUAGUCUAGCUCUUUAAUUGAUAAUACCUUAAAACUAAUAGUGAAAAAACGUAGUUUAGGUCUUAAAUUGAUAAUACUUUAAAUAUAACAGUGAAAACAGGUAGUUUAGGUCUUCAAGUGAUAUUAAUUUAAAACUAACAGUGAAAAUUGGUAGUUUAGGUCUUCAAGUGAUAUUAAUGACAAGCCCAAUGACAGGCCCAAUGACAGGCCCAAUGACAGGCCCAAUGACACGCCCAAUGACACGCCCAAUGACAGGCCCAAUGACAGUCCCAAUGAGAGGCCUAAUGACAGGCCCAAUGACACGCCCAAUGACAGCCCAAUGACAGGCCCAAUGACACGCCCAAUGACACGCCCAAUGAAACGCCCAAUGACAGGCCCAAUGACAGGCCCAAUGACAGGCCCAGUGACAGGCCCAAUGACAGGCCCAGCCGGUACGUUCUUGAUUUUUUUUGGUGCUGCUUUUUCUAAACUAUUACAAAGACUAUCGAAACUGGUUUUCUUGCCUGGUUUUCUUGCCUGGUUUUCUUGCCUGGUUUUCUUGCCUGGUUUUCUUGCCUGGUUUUCUUGCCUGGUUUUCUUGCCUGGUUUUCUUGCCUGGUUUUCUUGCCUGGUUUUCUUGCCUGGUUGUGUUGCCUGUCAAGCUCGCAUAAGUCCCUAACAAUGUUCGACCGGUUUAAGAUAGUUGUUUGCAUGUUAAGUAUAGAGAUUCUAAUACAAGUUUUAUCGGUUUUUGUUUAAUGUUGGGGGGGGGGGGGGGGAGGGAGGGGGACGCCCCUGUUAUAGAUUUCAUGCAUCUGGUUUUGAACCUGUUUGGCUCCACGUGUAACGGUAAGAUGGACACCUUUGUUAUGAGAUCGAUGGUAUCAGUUGAAAUGUGUUUCAGUUCAAGCGGGAGUCACAAGUAUUUAGAAACAUUCGCUCGGUAACAGUUGACACACAAACACGGUCAUGGUAGACACCAUAAAAAUGGUAAUACUAGACGCACACAAAAAUGGUAAUGUUAGACAACUACACACGGUGUGUUAGACACGCAAAAAUGUUGAAAUUAGAUACCUAUACAUGAUAAUGUUAGUCACGUAAAAAUUGUAAUCUUAGACGCCUAAACAUGGAAAUGGUAAACACCUAAAAAUGGCAAUGCUUGACACACACACAUGGUAAUGUUAGACACCUAAAUAUGGUAAUGUUAGACACCUAAAUACGGUAAUGUUAGACACCUAAACAUGUUAAUGUUAGACACCUAAACAUGUUAAUGUUAGACACCUAAAUACGGUAAUGUUAGACACCUAAACAUGUUAAUGUUAGACACCUAAAUGUUAGGCGCCUAAACAACGUAAUGUGAGAAAGACAAACAUGGUAAAGCUAGACACCUAAUCAUGGUAAUAUUAGACACCUAAUUACGGUAAUGUCAGACACCCUAACACGGUAAUGUUAGACACCUAAACAUGGAUAUAUUAGUCACCAAAAAAAACGGUUGUGUUACACGCACACACGCGGUAAUAGUUCAUAUCCAUCACGCUUUACAUUAUUUCGUUUUUAAGUCUUGUAUUUAGAAAGCCUGGAUUCUUUAGCAAAUGCAACAACAAUAAAUCCAGUGUUCUAGUGUUUAAAAAAACAAACAACAACCGUUUAUCUAUUUAAAAAUCCUGUUGUUGCUUGACUUCCUUAAUUUUAACUAAAACGGCUGGCUCUGCACAACAAUUUUAUUUAACCUCUUGACAGUUAAGAAAUGCACAAUUUUUUAAUUAUAAUUUUAAGUUAGUAUUUAUUUUAUAUUAUAAUUUAUGAUUUGUAUAAAGUUUAUUAUCUAAAAAAACAAUUGUUACAUAUUUAACAAUUUCAUUUUUUUUAUUUUUUAUUUUUAUGUUUAGCUCAAUGGCGGAAGAAUUCAGGGGCAAGUUACUCCAAGACGUGAAAAAUGGUUCCGACACGGUCGUCGUCGUCGGUGUCCACGUCCGACAGCGAGACCAGAAAUCCCUGCCCAACACGACGGUGGCGCCGGCGUCCUUUUACAGGAACGCGUUUCUAAAGAUGAGGUCUCUGCUGCCGGGGCGAAGGCUCGUGUUCGUCGUGUCCAGCAACGACUUGCCGUGGUGCGAGGAGAACCUCCGGCAGCCGGACACGGUCGUGGUCCAGCCCGCCCCGCCGGACCAGCACUUCGCCAUCCUGGCCACGAGCGAUCACAUGAUCGUGUCCGCGGGCUCGUACGGCUGGUGGGCGGGCUGGCUGACCGGGGGCCACGUCAUCUACUACAAGCGAUUUCCGCUUCCGGAAUCCUUCGAGGCCAAAGGCUUCGUACACGACGACUACUAUCCACCGUCAUGGAUACCAGUGGAUCAUUAGGUAAUCUUCUUGGAUGCCAGUGGAUAAUAAAGAAUUCAACUCGGAUACCCGUGGAUAAUUAAUACCCGUCUAAGAUACAAGUAGAUGGUCAUAGCGGUUGCUGGGAGGUCAUAAAAUACUCAACUCGGAUACCAUUGGAUAAUAAUGUACACAUAGUGGAUAUUAGCGGAUAAUUAUAUACUCAUUUAGGAUACAAGUGGAUCCUUAGUCAUCGUGGAUGCCAGUGAAUAUUAGAUACUGAUCUUACAUAACUAUCGAAGAAUUAGAUACUCAUCUGACAUAACUUUUGGAUAAGAGAUACUCAUCUUACAUAACCAUUGAACAAUUAGAUACUCAUCUUACAUAACCAUUGAACAAUUAGAUACUCAUCUUACAUAACCAUUGAACAAUUAGAUACUCAUCUUACAUAACCAUUGAACAAUUAGAUACUCAUCUUACAUAACCAUUGGAUGAUAAGAGACUCAUUCUGGAUAACAGUUGGUUUUCAGAAACAAUAACCCCCCCCCCAACCCACUUUUUCAAACUAUUAUAUUUAAUAAUAUGCCUAUCUUUGAUAUUUUGUAUGUUACGGUUAGUGAGUGAAACUGAAUUAACUCAAACGGUCUUUGUAAUAUAAGUCUACGCCAAAAACUGUGCCUUGCAAUCGAUGAAGUAUCGAAAUAUAAAACUUUACAUGGAGCUUUGGACAUUUCAUUAAACAAUAGACUUGUAUCCCCCUUCCCCCCAACCCUUUUAUUGUUCAUGCUACGUAUUAGAAUUAGACAUGAAAAAUUCUACUUCUUUUUCUUCUUUCUUUCACCUAUAUAGCAGCAGUUUGAAGCUGACUUGUAUUUAAAAUUGCAUUCACAUUUCUCUCUAGUACCUAAUUAAUUACAGUAGACCACUGGGUUUUCAAACUCAUGUGUAACAGUCCAGUCCCAUUAGGGGGGUCACGUGGGUGGGGUGGGGGUGGAGAGAGAGAGAGAGUUUUCUAAGAAAUGGACGGGUAAAACAAUUUUCCGAAUUUUAAAGAGAAAAAAAAAUUGACUAAUUUCCUUUUGACAGCAUUUAAUUCUAAUGGAAUUCUCUGACUGUUUUAAUAAAUUUUUAAUAACAACCACAAAUAUUGAGAUCAAGGGUCACUUUGCUUCUACGGAACUGGGCCACGCCUCACAACUAACGACUGUUGCACAGCAGAAGACCUGCGUAAGAUUUUAUAUCUAACGAAGUUUUUAUUAUAAUUAUAUUUUUUAAUAUUUAUACUUAUUUCAAUGAUCGAUUAUUUCACCCAUAAAACUAAGAUUAUGUCAUGAAGCAAGAUUUCUCUAUUGUGUUGUGAGCAACCAUUGAUUGGAUAGCUUGCGACACAGAGUAUGAUGAAAAAAAAAAUGAAUGUAAUCUUCAACACGCCACACACAGGAAACGGAAAUACGCAAUGUAUAAUUUCAUACACGCGUUGGGAACUUUUUGUUACAUUUAUAUUCAACCGUUUUUUUUUUGUUUUUGUUUUUUUUAAACGAUUUUUAAUAGUUUUUCUUUUAAAUAUUUUAUCGUACCUUUC